AUGGACAACUGGGACAGUAAGUGGUUUGUCUGCGAGUGUGGGACCAAGUUUCUGACAAAGAGUUCCCUGAAGGAGCAUAUCGAUUGGGUCCAUUUGAAGAAAGCUAAACAUGAAUGUAAUAAAUGUGAUAAGGUUUUCAAGAAUGGUUCGGCUUUGAAGAAACACAAAAACUACGUGCACGAGAAGAAGAGACCUCCGAGGAAUAAGAUUUGCGAUUACUGCGGUCGUGGAUUCACUACGCUGACGAUACUACGUUCACAUGUGCGAACACACACUGGAGAGCGUCCACUUCGCUGCUCCCAAUGUUCCGCCGCAUUUGCUCAUCCCGCUGCACUAUAUACACACACGAAACUACUUCAUAACAAAGAAAAAUGA